UCAUACACUUCUACCCAAAGACCAGUGAAAAAUGACAAAAAUUAUUAUUUAAUGACACAUAAUAACAAUAAACAGCAUAUGUUGAUGGAUAGUGGCCACUGCCUGCCAGUGGAUGUCACUGGUGUUUGGUGGUGUUUGCCACCUGCCAUGUAAAUUGGCUGAACUAAAUACCAGUGGCAGCCAGGGUGGCAUGCUGAACACUAGUAUAUCCCAACAUAUCCCAUUAUUUGCCACUGAUAUACAGCAAUAUUUACCAGUUGCUGCUGUAUUCUGAUGGGUUCCAGUGAACAAUAAACAGUGGUGUUAACAAGCA